AUGCCCCAUCGCUAUGCCAUGUACGAUUCCUCUGACGAGGCGGAGGAGGAGCCGCCCGCUCCGGCAAGGACUGUCCCAUCCGACGAGCGCCUGGAGAGAGCUCUCCGUGAUACCGUCGCGAACGUGUUCCGGUCUGGGAACUUGGAGGAUUUGACGGUCAGACGGGUGCGGCAUGCGACGGAGAAAGCGCUGGGGCUGGAGGAGGGGUUUUUCAAGGGCGACCCGCGCUGGAAGGCGAAGAGCGAUCAGAUUAUUAAGGAUGAAGCGGUAAGGCAGGAGAAAGCGCAGCAAGAAGAGGAGGAGCAGACGUCCGACGACGAGCCUAUAGCUCCGCCAAAGGGGAAGGAGAAGAAACAGGAGAAACAGGAGAAACCGACGAAACGAGAAAAACCGACCGAACCAACCGAACCGACCAAACCGACCAAACCAUCACCAACGGAAGAUUCCCCGAAACCUAGAAAACGUCGAAAGACGUACCAGGUUGAAGAAUCGGAGGAGUCGUCGUUUGUCCCACCAAGCAACGAGGGAGACGAAGGCGAGGCUACAGAGCCCGUGAGACGCGCUAGUGCUUCGCCUCAAAAGAAGUCCAACCUAGAGAUCACGGUAAACGUGGCGGAAUCAGACGUUGCGGACAAGGGCCAGGCCAGCCAGACAGGCGCCGAUCAAGAGGCAUCCGAAAGUGAAAUGUCUGUCGUGCUCGAUGAAGCACCGAAACCAAAACGGAAGCAGCAGAAGAGCGCAGACACCCCUGCGAAGAGAAGCAAGAGGAAAACGUCGGCUAAAGCGGACCCGAACCUGGAUCCCGAUCAGGCGGAGAUCAAGCGCCUACAGGGCUGGCUAGUCAAGUGCGGAAUCCGCAAGAUGUGGUCGCGGGAGCUGGCUCCAUACGAUACGCCCAAAGCGAAGAUCAAGCAUCUCAAGAAGAUGCUGGAGGACGCGGGAAUGAAAGGGCGAUAUUCCCUCGAGAAGGCGAAGAGGAUCCGGGAAGAGCGGGAACUCAAAGCUGAUCUGGAGCUGGUGCAGGAAGGGGCCCGCCGAUGGGGAACUGGCAGCGCAGGGGAGGAAAGCGAUAACGAGGGACGGCCGAGGAGAAGACUGGCACGAGGGCCCAAGAGCCUGGCAUUCUUGGACGACGACGGCGAAGAGACGGAUUGA